AUGUCAAUUAAAGGGGCCAUUCAGCCUGGGGACAAAGUGGGGGAUAUGGUGUGGAUCUGGGUCCUCUUCCUUAUAACUCCAGCUUUAGCCCUUGAAGAGGUGUUGCUGGACACUACAGGAGAGACAUCUGAGAUUGGCUGGCUCACCUACCCACCAGGAGGGUGGGAUGAGGUCAGUGUCCUGGAUAACCAGCAGCGCCUGACUCGAACAUUUGAAGCAUGCCAUGUAGCAGAGGGCCUAGGCGUUGCACAGGACAACUGGCUACAGACCCAUUUUGUGGAUCGGCAAGGAGCCCAUCGGGCACAUAUCCGGCUCCACUUCUCUGUGAGGGCAUGUACCAGCCUGGGAGUGGGUGGAGGCACCUGCCGUGAGACCUUUACCCUCUACUACCGCCAGGCUGAAGAACCUGAUGAUCCCAGCCAUGCAUCAGCCUGGCAUCUUGGGCCCUGGAUCAAGGUGGACACAAUUGCUGCAGAUGAGAGCUUCCCUGCCUCUGCCUCUUCCUCCUCUUGGGCAGGUGGGGCUGGGCUUCAGCUCAAUGUCAAGGAGAGGAGCUUUGGGCCAUUGACCCAGAGAGGCUUCUAUGUGGCCUUCCAGGACACGGGGGCCUGCCUGGCCCUUGUAGUUGUGAAGAUAUUUGCCUAUUCUUGCCCUGCUGUGCUUCAGGCCUUUGCUUCCUUUCCUGAGACACAAGCCAGUGGGGCAGGGGGGGCUUCCCUGGUGGAGGCAGUGGGCACCUGCGUGGCACAGGCUGAGCCAGAGGAUGAUGGGGUGAGGAGCAACCCUCCCAGGCUUCACUGUAACGGUGAAGGCGAGUGGAUGGUAGCUGUGGGAAGCUGCCACUGUCGCCCUGGGUACCAGCCUGCAUACGGAGACAGAGCCUGCCAAGCCUGCCCUAUGGGCUCCUUUAAGGCUGUGGCUGGGGAUGCCUCCUGUACACCCUGCCCUUCCCGAAGUCACACUGCCAUGCCUGGUGCACCGAUGUGUCCCUGUCUCAGUGGCUUCUACCGGUCCAGCUCUGACCCCCCUGAAGCUCCCUGCACUCGGCCUCCAUCAGCACCCAGAGACCUUUGGUUUGAAGUACAGGGCUCAUCUCUGAUGUUGUACUGGCGACUGCCCCAAGACCUGGGUGGUCGAGGGGAUGUGCGGUUCAACGUCAUGUGCAAGCAGUGUGGAGGCCAACAUGGUCCUGAGAGUGAGACUUGUCCCCACUGCGGAGAUGAGGUGUACUUUGACCCUCGCCAGCAAGGCCUAACAGAAAGUCGAGUGCUGGUAGGAGGGCUACAGGCUCAUGUGCCCUACAUUCUGGAGGUGCAGUCUCUCAAUGGAGUAUCUGAGCUCAGCUUUGACCCUCCAAAGACCACGUCCAUCAACGUCAGCAUCAUCCAUGAAGUCCCCCCGGCAGUUCCGCUGCUGCACCAGGUGAGCCGGGCAUCUGACAGCAUCACUGUGUCCUGGCCACAGCCUGACCAACGGCAUGGGCGCAUCCUGGACUAUCAGCUCCGGUACUAUGACCAGGCAGAAGAUGAGGCCCAUUUCUCCAUAAUGACCAGUGAGACCAACACAGCCACUGUAUCCCAGCUGAGCCCUGGCCAUGUCUACAGUUUUCAAGUUCGGGCACGAAGUGCAGCAGGUCAUGGCCCCUAUGGGGGCAAAGUCUAUUUCCAGACUCUCCCCCAAGGUGAGUUGUCCCACCUGAUCCCGGAGAGGCUCCCAUUGGUGGUUGGUUCUGCCCUGGGUGCUUUGGCCUUCCUCGUGCUGGCAGCCAUCACCAUCUUUGCCUUCAUCUUCCAGAGGAAGCGUCGACGGACAGGCUACACGGAACCACUACAGCAGUACACCAGCCCCAGACUUGGAGUGAAGUACUACAUUGAUCCAUCCACAUAUGAAGACCCUAGCCAGGCCAUCAGAGAGUUCACCAGGGAGGUGGAUCCAGCAUAUGUCAAGAUUGAGGAGGUCAUUGGACCAGGCUCCUUUGGUGAGGUUUGCAGAGGCUGGCUGCAGCCUCGAGGACGGCGGGAACAAGCUGUAGCCAUUCAUACUCUAUGGGCCAGUGGAGUAGAAAGCCAGCGCGGUGCCUUCCUGGGCCGGGCUGCAGUACUGGGCCAGUUCCACCAUCCUAAUGUCCUUCGGCUUGAGGGUGUGGUUACCAAGAGUCAGCCCCUCAUGGUGCUAACGGAGCUUAUGGAGAAUGGCCCACUGGACAGCUUUCUCAGGCAACAAGAGGGCCAGUUCAGUAACCUGCAGCUCGUGGCUAUGCAGCGGGGUGUGGCGGCAGCCAUGCAGUACCUGUCCAGUUGUGGCUUUGUACACAGGGCUUUGACUGCCCAUAGUGUACUGGUCAACGGCCACCUGGUGUGCAAAGUGGCCCAUCUUAGCCAUGGCCACAGCUAUCUGAGUCACAGCAGCCAGGGUUCACAACCUCCACUCCGAUGGGCAGCUCCUGAGGUUCUAACUCAUGGAAAAUUCACGACAGCCAGUGAUGUCUGGAGCUUUGGGAUCCUAAUGUGGGAAGUGAUGAGUUAUGGGGAACGCCCAUACUGGGACAUGAGUGACCAAGAGGUGCUGAAUGCUAUUGAGCAGGAAUUCCGGCUUCCUCCGCCCCCAGGCUGCCCCAAUGGACUGCACCUGCUGAUGCUGGAUACCUGGCAACAGGAUUCUGCCCAGCGGCCUCCCUUUGACCAGCUGGUGGCUGCCUUGGACAAGAUGAUCCGCAAGCCCGAAAUGCUACAAGCUGGCGGAGCCCAUAGGGGAAGACCAUCACAGAUCCUAUUGAGUCCUGUGACCUUGGACUUCUCCUCAUUGGAAACACCCCAGGCUUGGUUGGCUGCCAUCGGCAUGGAGUGCUAUCAAGACAGCUUCUCCAAAGUUGGGCUCUGUAGCUUCAGUGAGGUGGCUCAGCUUGGUCUUGAGGAUAUGCCUGCUUUGGGCAUCACUCUGGCUGGACACCAGAAGAAACUUCUCCAUAACAUCGAUCUGCUUCAGCAGCAUCUGAGCCAGCCAGGCCCAGUGGAAGUCUGAGUCCUGGACAGGAAACAGCUGUGGCCUCACAGCCACAAAAGGACCACAAAUGGCAUGAACCUUGGUUUCAGAUGGAAGGACCUGCCUCUCCUCACUUACCACCCAUGACUCAUUCUUUGGACUCUUCCCUCCACAAUGGUUCUCCCACUGCCAUAUUAAAGGGGAAAAAUGGAA